AUGCCGCCCAAAGGAAAAGCAUAUCAGACCGACUGGCUCUGCUCUGCAACAUCGAACGUCCACAUUGCAAAUCACAAAGGCUGGUUCACCACAUUUACGGCAUUUACAGGCCCGCUGGACUCCAUCCAUCUAGGCCCGAGCUCUGCAGGAGGGGAGGUCCACGGAAUCGGAGACGUGGAAUUGGAAGUCACAAAAGCUCUGGAUCAAGGGCGGAUCUUCACCAAGAAGAUCAUCUUACAUGACGUGUUAUAUGUCCCGACUUUCAUCGCCAAUAUCUUCGGACAACUUGCAGGAACGGGUUACCGGACGGGUGGUUUGAAGUUCCGGAAAGUGGUUGAGCGGACGACGGGAAAGAGUGUUGGUAAAAUUGAUGAAAAGGCUGUUCUUCCUAGAUUGUGGCUCAAGAAGCAGCAGGUGGGACGUUCUAGCUUGGAUCCAAACAUGAGGUACUGCAUUAAUGCGUGGUGGUCUGAAGAGGAACGUGCCCGUUGGAGUGCCCAUCGAUUGACUUGCCAGUCUACAUAUACGCCCGAGGAAAAGGCGUGGUUGAAGAAGAACUUUYGUGGGGAAUAUCGUUUCUUGCGAGGACAGAGAUUGAGUAUCUAUAAAGAUGUCGAUCGGGAAGAGGGCAGGAAGAUUGUGAGGCAGAUGAUGGCUGACGAUGUUGAUAGAGAAGCCGGAGGAGAGUAG